CCUCCAAGAUCACCUCUUGAAUAUGAAGAACCCAAACAGUGGGAUGAAGAGAGACCAGAGCACACUCGGGAAUUUGACCGGGAACGGGAAAGAGAAAGAGAGAGGGAACAAAGAAAUUAUAGAGCAGAAAACAGAGACCGUGAAAGAGAUAGGGAACGAGAUCGAGAGAGAAGACGGUCUGUUGAAAGGUCCUGGAGUAGAGAAAGAUCCUGGGAAAGAAGUGAACGUAGUGGUUCUCGCAGAGACUCUAGACGUGAUAGUGGCCGUGAAGGUGAUCGAGAAAGGGAGAGAGAUCGUGAGCGUGAAAAAGAGUUUGAAAGGGAGCGAGACAGAGAAAGAGAAUAUGAUAGAGAAAGGGAUGACAGAGAAAAAGACAGAGAUAGAGAGAGAGAUAGAGAGAAAGAAAGAGAAAGGGAAAGAGUGAGAAAUAGGGGUAGAGAGAGAGAAAGAGAUCGAGAACGUGAGCGAGAGCGACGUCAAAGCAGAGAGAGCAGAGAACAUUUUGAAGAAGAGAGAUUACCUACCCAAGAGCCUCCACCUGCUAGAGGAAGGCACAAUGCUGAGGAAUGGGAUGAAAGACGAUCUGAGAGGUCUGAUAAGUCAGGCCGUCGUCCGCGGACCCCUGUUGAUGCCCAGCCAGUGCUGGGUGGGUCUCCUUUUCAUGCAGAAAAUUUUAGUGAAGAAGGAAGUCAUGGUGGCACUCCUCAUGAAUACCGUGAGAGAGAGGCCCACGAUGGUCGAGAAAGAGAAAGGGAAGUAAGAGAAUUUGAAGUAAGAGAACCACAUGCUGUAUUGCCUCCACUGCCAACAGAAGAAGAUAUGGAAGCUAUUAGUGAUGAUGAAGAUCUCCCUGAUUUACCACCAGAAACUGGAGAUGUUGAGGAAGAAUACCAACCUGAUGACUGCAUGGAUGAAAUAGGAAUGGAUGAAAAUCACCCAGAUGAAGGUGAGGAUGUGGAAGGCUUUGGUUAUGAAGAAAUUAUUAGUGAUGAAGAAGAUCUCCCUGAAUAUCAGUAUGAAGAGGAGUGGCUGGUGGAUGAGUGGGAAGACUGGUUGAAACCUUUCAGUCCAAACCAGUUUCAGAUGUUUGAGCUUCAGUAUCUUGUCAGCCCUACACUUACUGACUACCAAGUUGAAUAUCAGAGAUGGAAGGCAAGAUUUGAAAUGGAGGGGCCUGAUCUGGAAGAAGAACCCAAUCAGGUCAGUUGAGGUAUUAACAUGUUC